UUCUCUGUUUGCUUUUUUUCCAGGAUCCCAGCUGGCUACUGCUUUGUAGAAUUCGCAGAUUUGGCCACAGCUGAGAAGUGUUUGCAUAAAAUUAAUGGGAAACCCCUUCCAGGAGCCACACCUGCGAAACGUUUUAAACUCAACUAUGCCACUUAUGGGAAACAACCAGAUAACAGCCCUGAGUAUUCCCUCUUUGUGGGGGACCUGACCCCAGAUGUGGAUGAUGGCAUGCUGUAUGAAUUCUUCGUCAAAGUCUAUCCCUCCUGUCGGGGAGGCAAGGUGGUUUUGGACCAGACAGGCGUGUCUAAGGGUUAUGGUUUUGUGAAAUUCACAGAUGAACUGGAACAGAAACGAGCCCUGACGGAGUGCCAGGGAGCAGUGGGACUGGGGUCUAAACCUGUGCGGCUGAGCGUGGCAAUCCCUAAAGCUGAGGACAAGACCAGAAAAUCCAGGAUAAAUGGUGGCCAGACACAGGGACCUUACCAUAGAACAGAGUUCUGGAAGAAGGGAGCUGACCCAGGUCCCUUGCAGCUGCCCCUAGCAUUCCCUGACCCCCAUUCUUGGUGUUUUUUUUCAGACCCCAUGCCACAGCUGGAUGUGACUGAGGCCAACAAGGAGUUCAUGGAACAGAGUGAGGAGCUGUAUGAUGCUCUGAUGGACUGUCACUGGCAGCCCCUGGACACAGUGUCUUCAGAGAUCCCUGCCAUGAUGUAGCUAGGCCAAAGGACAAGCCAGGCUGCAUGACAUGAGAUGAGAGACUCCUUUUAAAAAAGCCAGGUGCAGUGGCUCAUGCCUGUGAUCCCAGCACUUUGGGAGGCCGAGGCAGGCAGAUCACGAGUUCAGGAGUUGGAGAUAAGCCUAGCCAAU